GGGCGCGAGUGCCUGGAGCUCUGCUCGGUAUCGUAUCGCUUGUUCUGUUGUAGUGAUGGGCGGACUGAGAUUGGGCUGAGGAAGUGCAUCAGCCGAGAGGACAGGGCUAGCAGAGGGAAAGUCAAAAGACCAUGACAUAGGCGAGCUGCAUUCCGCCCAAACUGACGUGGGGCGUGACGAGCUUCAUCAUGUCUCCCUGUCUGAGAUGGCAGUGGAAGUCUGCCGGCGCAGGGAUGUCCACUUCAUCUUGCGCCAUCGCUUCACCUUCACACGUCUUGUCGCCAAAUCUUGCGCGUCACGGCAACCUGACUGACUGAUCGACUCACCAGCGUGACUUGCGCCGUCACGAGCCGUCAAUCCAAGUCCCAUCGUCGCAGGCGAUCAGUACCGGCCCAUCUGCCCAGACCGAGCGCAAGCUAGACGGCCAAAGAUCUCAAAUUGAUGCCAACAACUCGUGGCGAGGCAAGCAGGAGAUCCGUGGGCCUUAACGCCAAGAACGGCAACUCUGCCAGCAUGACGGGCACGCUGAGUAGCACCUCGCUCCAGCAGCAUGACGAACUCCUCUCCUCGGGCAUCUCUGGUCCGCCUCCCUCUGCAUCUGCAGGUACCGCCAAGAUCUCGGCGACCCAACUCACCAACCAGAUGUCUGAGCGGAGGGAAGCAAGAGCGAGAUCUUCUUCUAUCGUCAGCGUGAGAGAGAUUGAGGAUUCCUACGACGAUACGGCCGAUCAGGGCGCGCUCGAACAGUUCAACACCUCCUGGGUAGACGCCAAAGGCGCAUGGCUCAUCCACAUCAUCCUCAUCGCCGUCGGCAAGGUGCUCGUAGACAUUGUGCCCGGUAUCGCGCAAGAUCUCAGCUGGACAGUCGUCUUACAGGGCUACCUCCUCAUCACCUUUAUGAUGUUCCACUGGGUGACCGGCACACCCUUUGAGGCCAACAACUCUGGCGUAGCGGACGCGCUGACACUGUGGGAGCAAAUUGACGACGGCGCGCAAUAUACGCCAGCAAAGAAGUGGCUCACUUCGUUGCCCAUCAUGCUGUUCCUCGUCUCGACGCAUUACACACGCUACGAUCGCAACCCUGCCCUGUUCACGCUCAACAUCGUCUCCGUCCUGUUGCUGGGCUUGGCACCGAAGCUGCCCCAGCUGCAUCGACUACGAUUCAAGUUCUUCGAAGGACUCAGGAGUGUACCCCAGAGCGGUAUGCCCAGCGGCGUCAACACGCCAACAGAGGACGUCAUGGUGCUGGGCAGCAACGGCGCUUACAGACGCGUACCUCGAGCUAAGCUUGCUUGA